GGAGGGGACGGCAUGUGCGGACAGAGCUCAAAUUCACUUCUGUCGGUGUGUAGAGGCACACCGAGCCAGAGGAGAGAGAGAGGACACACACACACACACAGAGAGGCAGCCUGCUGAAAACACAUGGACAACUAAUGGAUUAUCCUGACACACACUUGUGAAGUACUAGACCGCACGGACAUACCGCCAACCACAGAGGGGCAAGCACAGGCACACACGCAAUGACGAGAUGCAUGCCAAGCAAUCAGUGGAAACGAGGAUGUGAUUUCUUUCUGACACAUUUUGUGUCCCAGCAGUGAAGAUCAGAUCUCAAUCAAAGAAGGUAAACAGACUUUCUUGCCGUGCGCUGAGGGAUCAUGUGCAGCAGAUGAAUGCUCAGAGAUGCAUGGUGACUCUGAGGAGGCGUAUUUAGGAGUUUACAUCCAAAUCAACACACAGGACAGAGUCCUAGUUGACUGACACGUUCAAGAGAAACCGAGAGGAGAGGAUACGCGUAAGGGGGGGGCUGACAAUGUACUGACAAAAAGGCAUGGAAACCAUCUCUGGAGAAACGGGUUGGGAUGGAACAGCUCACUCCUCUCUGGUGACGACAGGAAGGACUAACGUCACUUCCUCCUCCCUUUACUCGGCGGACUUUGCCUCCUUCAACAGCUCCCAUGGUGGGGGGUCUUACUUCUGGAUCAUCCCUGAAAAUGCCUCGGCCACCCCUCCUCACACCAUGCCCCAGCCCAGGGUGCGUGACCUGGGCUUGGCCCGGGCUGAGAUCGGGGUGCUGGGGCUGGUGCUAGCCUUAACCACCCUGGGGAAUGGCUUUGUGCUGUGGGUGUUGUUAAGGAGGAAGAAGCAGAAUGCUCCCAUGCACCUGUUCAUGGUCAACCUUUGUGUGGCCGACCUGGUGGUGGCGCUGUUCCAGGUUCUUCCCCAGCUGGUGUGGGACAUCACAGAAAGGUUCCAGGGGCCUGACAUACUCUGUCGAUCCGUCAAGUACCUUCAGAUCGUGGGCAUGUUCGCCUCAUCAUACAUGAUUGUGGCCAUGACGGUGGACAGACACCAUGCCAUCUGCUGCCCACUGCAGGCCUACCGCGGGGGGGCAGUUUCCCGCUGGAACACCCCCGUUAUGGUGGCCUGGGGUCUGGCCCUGGUCCUCAGCAUACCACAGGCGUUCAUCUUCUCCAGGUCGGAGGUGUCUCCGGGAGAGUUUGAGUGCUGGGGUCACUUUGCAGAACCAUGGGGGCUCAAGGCCUACGUCACCUGGAUGACUGUGGCAGUGUUCCUGCUGCCUGCCUUGAUCAUCACCGUCUGCCAGAUAAGGAUCUUCCGGGAGAUCCACAACAACAUCUACCUGAAAUCGGAGAGAAUUGUGUCGGCGGAGCUCAAGAAGAACGCCGUCUUCUUCCGUUUCCACAGUGUCAAGAAGAAGGAGGAGCGAGCACGGGAGAGGGGGAGGGGGGGCGGCGGAGGGGGCAGGGAGGGCAGAGGGGGCCUGCUGUUGAAGACGAUGAACAGCAACCCCUCCGGCUGCCACAGUGCCGUCGACCAUGCGGCACAACAGCAGCCUUUUUGCCCCCCGGAGAACCUGCACGCCACCCCUGGGCCAGGAAACGGCAGGCAGGAAGGUGCCUCUGCCCUGCCUUGUGACUGCUCACACGGGCCGAGCAAUGGCUGCUACUGCCAGUCCUACAGCCCCUACGAGCUGUCUCGGGGCUCCUUGACGCACGCCUCCCUGGAGUACCCGCCGCCCCUGGCGCCCCCGCCGCCCGGCAUCUCCAAGGCCAUGUCCAAGACGGUGAGGAUGACGCUGGUCAUCGUGCUGGUCUACACCGUCUGCUGGUCGCCGUUCUUCAUCGUCCAGCUGUGGGCCGCCUGGGACCCCAACCCCCCGGACCAAGGCAUAGCCUUCACCAUCCUGAUGCUGUUGGCCAGUCUGAACUCCUGCACCAAUCCCUGGAUCUACACAGCCUUCUCCAGCAGUGUGUCUCUGGAGCUCCAAGCCCUGCUGCACUGCAGGCCACGGCCCCCGCGAAGGGGCUCCCUCCCCGACGACUCCACCACCACACACACCUCCACCAAGGACAGCCUGUACUGACAGAUCCCCAAGGGAUGGACAUUUGACACACACGCACAUGCUCAGACACACGCACACACAAGGACAGCUUGUGGAUGACACGUACACACACGAGGACAGCUUGUGGAUGACACGUACACACACGAGGACAGCUUGUGGAUGACACGUACACACACGAGGACAGCUUGUGGAUGACACGUAGACAGCUUGUGGAUGACACGUACACACACGAGGACAGCUUGUGGAUGACUCAUACGCACACGAGGACAGCUUGUGGAUGAUACGUACUCACACGAGGACAGCUUGUGGAUGACACGUACACACACGAGGACAGCUUGUGGAUGACUCAUACGCACACAAGGACAGCUUGUGGAUGACUCAUACGCACACGGGGACAGCUUGUGGAUGACUCAUACGCACACGAGGACAGCUUGUGGAUGACUCAUACGCACAUGAGGACAGCUUGUGGAUGACACGUAGACAGCUUGUGGAUGACACGUACACACACGAGGACAGCUUGUGGAUGACUCAUACGCACACGAGGACAGCUUGUGGAUGACUCAUACGCACACGAGGACAGCUUGUGGAUGACACGUACGCACACUGCGCCACAGCUGCCCCUGGAGAACAGCCUCCACUGACUCCCGCCACAAGAAGCUCUCGACAACAAGGGGACAGCUGUGUCAUCGUUGUCGGGGGCUCCCGUAUCCAGCCUCACCUGUCUCCAAGGCCUUUCUCCCGUGGGAGGGCGGGAGCCUGGGUGUCAGCACCACACAAUGAAACACCCAGCAGACAUCGGCGCACGGAUCAGACCCAGCACCUGGCAGAGAUGGGGCAAAGAAACAAAAACACUGGCAAAAGAGAUGACUCCUGUUGAAAUGCCCGGUGGACUGAGAUACUUACUUACACUCUGCGCCAAAUCUCUCCCAACCGCCCCCCCCUCUCUCCAAAAAGAAGAACUGUAGCUUCUGUACUCCCUCUUGAGCUGUAAAUCUGUUUACCUCAUGGGAUUGGAGCGGACAGGGCCGUAAUGGACUGGCUGACUGCGUGCCUAAUGCAUAGAGCAGAGUGGCAAGCAGGCAGUACUCUGAGACAACAAAGCCAUGGGCUCAGGGAGAGGCGAGAGAGAGAGAGAGAGAGAGAGAGAGAGAGAGAGAGAGAGAGAGAGAGAGAGAGAGAG